CCAGACCUGCCUCGGACCCCCCGCUUUCCCGCUCCCCGGCCCGACCGGGUCGGGCUCCCGGCUUCCACACGCCAGCCGCCGCGUCUCGGGUCUCUUCUCCCCCUCCCCCUUUUGUCCCUUCCGAUCUCUCUUUCUUUCUUGGAACCCCUCUUCUCGGGGCAGGGGAGGGUCUCCUUUCUCGACGCCCCUCUCCAUUUUUCUCCUCCGAAUGCUCUUCUCUCGCCCAGGAUUCCCCUUUUCCGAAAUUUCCCGUGUCCCCGGCCCCCUCCCCCCCACCCCCCAGCCUUUGCAAAGCCUGGGAGCCGGGGAGGGAGGGGUUCGAGAAUCGAAGCGUGCAUGUUGCUGGGAAACAGGUAUUUUUCCGUCCUGAGGGAAGACGUCGGGGACUCGGAUUACAGAACUCUCGGGUUUAAUUAAAAAAAGGAGAAAAAGUUGGAAAGAUGGGGAAUCUCUGCGGGUAGUAAAGUGCUCUGGUGGUGGUCGGUGAAGGAGCCGAGGAAGGUGAAAUUCCACGAUGGCGGGGGAAGGGAAGGAAUUGACAAGUGAACAGAGUAUCUGUCAGGCAAGGGCUGCUGUGAUGGUUUACGAUGAUGCCAAUAAGAAGUGGGUACCAGCUGGUGGCUCAACUGGCUUCAGCAGAGUUCACAUAUAUCACCAUACAGGCAACAAUACCUUCAGAGUGGUGGGCAGGAAGAUUCAGGACCAUCAGGUGGUGAUAAAUUGUGCCAUUCCGAAAGGGUUGAAAUACAAUCAAGCUACACAGACCUUCCACCAAUGGCGAGAUGCUAGACAGGUGUAUGGUCUCAACUUUGGCAGCAAAGAGGAUGCCAAUGUCUUCGCAAGUGCCAUGAUGCAUGCCUUAGAAGUGUUGAAUUCACAGGAAACAGGGCCAACAUUGCCUAGGCAAAAUUCACAACUACCUUCCCAAGUUCAAAAUGGCCCAUCACAAGAAGAAUUGGAAAUUCAAAGAAGGCAACUGCAAGAACAACAACGGCAAAAGGAGAUGGAGCGGGAGAGGCUGGAGAGAGAAAGAAUGGAAAGGGAGAGGUUGGAGAGAGAGAGGUUAGAAAGAGAGAGGCUCGAGAGGGAGCGGCUAGAACAAGAGCAGCUGGAGAGAGAGAGGCAAGAAAGGGACCGUCUGGAUCGCCAGGACCGCCUGGAGAGGGAGAGGCAAGAACGGGAGAGACUGGAGAGACUUGACCGGGAAAGGCAAGAGAGAGAGCGGCAGGAGCAGUUAGAAAGGGAACAGCUGGAAUGGGAGCGAGAACGGAGAAUAUCAAGUGCCGCUUCAUCUUCAGACAGCUCCCUGUAUAAUGCUCCACUUCCUGAGUAUGCCAGUUGCCAGCCUCCUUCAGCACCUCCUCCAUCAUAUGCUAAAGUCAUCUCAGCUCCAGUGUCAGAGGCCACUCCUGAUUAUGCUGUAGUGACCGCUUUGCCACCUACUUCCACACCCCCUACACCACCACUGCGACACUCUGCGACACGUUUUGCAACAUCUUUAGGUUCAGCCUUCCACCCUGUUCUUCCCCAUUAUGCUACAGCUCCUCGUCCUCUGAACAAAAACUCUCGACCUUCUUCUCCUGUGAACACACCCUCUUCUCAGCCUCCAGCUACGAAGCCCUGUGCCUGGUCUACUUCCAAUUUUUCGCCCCUCCCUCCAUCUCCUCCAGUAAUGAUUAGCAGCCCCCCAGGCAAAGCUACUGGUCCAAGGCCUGUCCUCCCUGUUUGUGUUUCUUCUCCUGUGCCCCAAAUGCCUCCAUCACCAACAGCGUCCAAUGGGCUGCUUGACUCUGUAAUAUAUCCAGUGUCUCCACCGCCUACCUCAGGGCCCACAGCGCCGCCGCCGCCGCCGCCACUGCCUCCCCUCGCACCACUCUCACACUGUGGAUCUCAAGCUUCUCCUCCAAGCACCCCUAUUGCCUCAACUCCCUCAUCCAAGCCUAGUGUUCUCCCUUCUCCCUCUGCAGCUGCCCCUGCCUCUGUGGAGACUCCUCUAAACUCUGUGCUGGGAGACUCCUCUGCUUCUGAGCCAGGCUUGCAGGCAGCCUCUCAGCCGGCCGAGACUCCAGCCCAACAGGGCAUUGCCUUGGGACCACCUGCACCUCCACCACCCCCUCCUCUCCCACCAGGUCCUUCCCAGGCUCCAGCAGCACUCCCUCUUGCCCCUGGACCUCCUCCACCACCUCCACUUCCAUCUGCAGGCCCUCCCCCACCCCCUCCCCCACCCCCUCUUCCCAGCCAAGUACCCCCCCCUCCUCCACCACCACCUGCUCCUCCCCUCCCUGCAUCUGGAUUGUUUGUGGGAUCCAUGUCAGAAGACAAUCGCCCUUUAACUGGACUUGCAGCUGCAAUUGCUGGAGCAAAACUUAGGAAAGUGUCACGGAUGGAGGAUGCCUCUUUCCCAAGCGGAGGAAAUUCCACUGGUGUGAAUUCAGCCUCUUCUAAAACAGAUAGCGGUCGUGGCAAUGGACCCCUUCCUCUAGGGGGUAGUGGUUUAAUGGAAGAAAUGAGUGCUUUGCUGGCUAGGAGGAGAAGAAUUGCUGAAAAGGGAUCAACAACAGAAACAGAACCAAAAGAGGACAAAAAUGAAGAUUCAGAGCCUGUUACUUCUAAGACGUCUUCAACAAGUACACCUGAACCAACAAGAAAACCCUGGGAAAGAACAAAUACAAUGAAUGGCAGCAAGUCACCUAUUAUCUCCAGACCAAAAUCUGCACCAUCCUCACAGCCCAGUGCCAACGGAGUCCAGACAGAGGGGCUAGACUACGACAGGUUGAAGCAGGAUAUUUUAGAGGAAAUGAGAAAAGAAUUAACAAAGCUAAAAGAAGAGCUCAUUGAUGCAAUCAGGCAGGAACUGAGCAAGUCAAAUACUGCAUAAAGAAAAAAACUAAGAGAGAUAGGACUUUAAUCUAGAGAAAAAAGCAACCUACAAACAACUGUUAACAACAAAAAAUUCCUACAUUUUGUGAGCUGUAAGAAGAAAAUGAAGACAAACAGUCGGAAAGAGGGAAAAAAACAACAUAUUUUGAACGCCUUCAGACAUUAUUAUAUUACUCUGACAAUUAAGCUAUUUCCCUCCCGUUUGCUGCUUUUUUCUGACCUUUCCAACAGGAUGGAAAAGAGUCUUAUAAGAGUAUCUAUAACUGUUAUGCAGAACAUACUAAACCCGUCAGGCGAGAUCAUCAAGCAUUGAAAUAUUUUCAUGUCAAGAUAAAAUUGCACAUUUUUCACAAUUCCAUUGCUCAAAUAAAGAGGAGAAAGGCUUAAGAAGUUUUUUCAGAGUGCUGAUGAAAGAACUUAGCAAGCUAUGCUAUUGUAUUGUAACUGUUUCUCUCAGGUUUGUCUUCCUAUCAUAUUUGAUAUUCCAUGAGUAAUUGGGAUCAGCCCUGUGUAGGUUAAGAUCAUAAAAUGUGGAACAGAUGGAAUUGUAUGUGCUUUCAAAGGGUGAUAUUUAUAAGAAAGUGCCCUAAAUAUGAUUUUGUCCGGCUUGAGGAAUUUUAGAAUGAUAGGAAGUCUCUUGAAUUAGCCUUCAUGCAAUUUUGUAGAUUAAAACAUAAAAUUCAUCCAGAAUAUGAAGAUCUAGAUGCCUUCCUAAAUUGUUACAAUGCUUUACCAAAUCUAUGACUCCUACAUAACACAAACCAGUGGUCAAAUGUAAAACAAUAUAUUGUAGAUUUACUGUAGGUUUUCAACCUUUUUUUAGAUUUAUGCAUGUGGACAUUUUUAUAAUGUAAUUACAACCACCACAAAAUUAGCUUUUUUAAUUGCAGGCAGUAAUGCAUGUCACACUAAUAUGUAGUGUCCUUUUCAAGGCCUAGUCCCAGGGAAAAGAUUUUGUAGACUAUAGGGGAGUGGGAGGAAGGGAAGGAAUAAUUUUUUUAUUUAAAGUUAAUUUCUGCAUUAUCUUUUUUCCCCUCAGUUACCUGCAUGAAUAACAAUUAGAAAUAUUUUGUGACUUUAAUUGGUAAAUGUUAACAAAAUCAAGUACUUAAUCUUUUACCAUGUCUUCAGCUCUUUGUAUCUUAACUUGAGUCAUUUCAAUGACCUGAAACAUGAUUCUGAGCUUCACAUGACUUGUAUCUUACUCUGGAACUCAAAAGUCAUCCCUGAAUUUGGCAGUUGUCACUCCCUAGGCCCUGAUGUUACAUAGGUGUUCACUCACACGUUCCUCACAACAAUGCUGCUUUUGACAUUUGUUAUGCUGAAAUAGAAGAAGUAACAAUGAUGGCAGCCAUUAAGGUCACAGAAUAUCAGAAAUAGAAAACAAUGAGCUCUACAUAAUUUCCUUUUAAUAUAUAAAGAGACACUUAGGUGUUGGGAAGAAGGAAUUACUCAACUUACCACUGCUUGUGAGUUGUGUGUGAGUAAGUACACACAUGCAUGUGUGCGUUAAGUAUGUAUGCAUGUGUGAAUGGAUGUAAUCUACUUGCUUUUUGGAGGAAACUCCUAAGAUUAAAAUUGGGGAGAAAUCCUACAAUGGUAGUUUUUUUUUUAAUUUAGGAAAUCAAAACUUUUCCAGUCUCCAUCUUGAUUUUAUGCUUAAGUUUUUAUGUGCCAUAUUUGCUUUGAAAUCUUUGAUUUUAGAAGUUUCACUAAAAUCUUGAAGAAAUGAUCCAUUUUCAUCUGCUUUCUAGAUUUCUUACUCCUCAGUUCAUAGGACAGAGCUUGUUGAUAGCAUAGUUUUCUAACUGCUACAGAUUCACAGCCAUUACCAUUUCAAAGAAGUUUGAAUGAGGGAAUUUUUUUUCCUUGUUAAAAUAGUUGCUAUUUCUCUAGAAAAUUCAUUUUUAGAUUAACCUGUGAAAAAUGAGCUAUCAUAAUUCAGUUCUACAGGUUUUUUUUAUCAACUAUUCAUUGUCAUGCAAUAGUAGCAAAGGCAUUAAAGAUGCAGCAAGCUUUUAAAGAACUAUUUUUUAAAAGAAAUUGGAGGCAUUUUCAUCUUUAUUAUUGUACUUUGGUUAUGCAAACACUUUGAUAUAAAUGUUUAUGUCCUCUAUAAAAUCUGGUCAGAAAUCACUUUUGAUUUUGUUGGUCAAGUUAAGUAGUCUCUAGUGGGAUAGAGUACUGACAAGUGGUCCAAAGUAAGGUAAAAGGCGACAGUAAAAUGCUAAAGAAACUGGUUUAUGCACUAAACGUUUUGUGCCUUGGUCUAAUAUUAACUUGAUGUCUGUAAAAUGACAAAAAAAGAACCAGUGUUGAAUCACCUUCUAGUUUCCAUCAUUUGCAUUACCCCAGAUUGUUCACUGUUCUUUCCAAGAAGUUUGAAUUAAUAUACACGUUUACUGUCAUCCAUGACAAUUUUGUCAUUGUUAGAGAUUUCAGUAAUUAAAAUGGGAAACAGAAGCUUAAGUUUUUUUCCUUAUCAAAACUAUGUUCCUUGGAACCACAUGAUUAUGAUGGUUUUGUGCUCUUGUACACGGGAUGUCUUAAGCUGAGUACAGUUUAGGGGAUCCUUUCUAUUAUAGGAAGGUACUUCUUUCCUCAACACUGUGAUCUGACCUGUGACAAAUCUGUACUAUACACUAUGUAAAUGGCUAACAAGUCUAUUGCAAACCAAUUGAAUGUACAAAUCUUAGUGCUGGUGCUGAAAUCUCUUCAGAAUAGUCAUCAUGAUUUCAAAGUUUGUUUUGAAAUUUGCAAGCAUCAAGUGUCAAUCAAAACUGAAGAUGAAACACUAAUGAAUGUUGAAUUCUCAUGCUUUAGGUGUACUUCCUUUUUAGACUUUUUCAGUUCUAUAUUUUUACCGUACUGUUUCAUUUAAAUUUCCUACACGCUAACUUCAUUUGUGUGAUUGAAAAUAAAAUUGCAGUAUAUACAUGUUGCUUGUUUGUGACACUUAAGAUAAUCUCAAAUAAUCUGUUGGUUCUAAAAUUAGUUAUAUGGAAUAUGGAAAAGACUUUAUGAAGGUCCUUGACUUCACUAAAGUUUACAUGUCAUAUCACUAUUCUUUAAGUUUUAUAUUUAAAAAAAAAGUCCUAAACACUAAGUCAUGUGUAUAAAGGGAAUAUGCAGUAGUGUUUCUGUUACUCCUUUGAGGUAACUGUUGGUUGUUCCUAGCCAUACUUUCUUUUGGCCCAGUUUGAUAUGUGUCUUACAGUCAGGAGAAUGAAAAACAUGAUUUUGUUUCAUUUUUUUCCCCAUGAUAUAGUCAGUUAAACUUACCUGUGCUGUUGAAAUGUUCCUUUAUAUAGCUUACAGAAUUAACGGAUAAUUGUAUGAUAAAAGACCUUAUCAAGUACUGAAUUUUAAGUACAAUAACAAUGUGUAUCUGUAGUGUUAUUUAUAUACAUUAUGCUGAUUUCUUAAAGUAUAGCAGUAGUUUUUAUGUCUCAUAAAGUAUUAGGGUUUCAUUUUAAAAAUCAAAGGUCUCCAUUAGAAAUGAAGAUAGUCAUUCUUGACCUUUUUCUUUUACCAAACACAGUUUACCCUCCCAUUAUCACUUUCACUUCUCAUGAACUGUGUGUUCCUCUCAUUCAUUGACAUUUGCAACCAUAACAGAGGCCAGAGUUACUAAUUCUCAACUUAUUUUUCUUCUCUGUCUCAGGUUCUUCUGUCCCUUAAUAUGUAAAAUCAAAAUCUUUGUCUACAAAAAGUCAUUUUUCCAUUCAAAACUAAGUAACAUAUCACCAUUUAAGUUUAUCUAACUACACCUUUCUUGUUUAUGGAGUUUGUACUUUAGUGCCAUUACAAAGAAUUGGCCUUGAGAUUCUCAGUGUUAUUCUGUGAAGCACAGUUUUAAACCAAGAUAUGCUGCAGGAUCUCUGUUAAUUCCCUUUUGUGUCAUCAUGGCUUUAUAACUUCAUUCCUCUCUGAAUCCUAUUCAUUUUAUAGGUUAUAAAGUGACAUCAUAUAAAACAGCAUUCUUGAACCACUGAUGUAAGGACCACUAUUGGUCCUUAGGUGUGUAAAGGUUGAAAUCACUGACCUCCUUCCUUGGUUCUAACUACUGGUCUCUGGAACAGUUUAUAGGACAGUGUAGGGGCUGGAGAGAUAGCACAGCGGGUAGGGCGUUUGCCUUGCACACCCAGGUUCGAUUCCCAACAUCCCAUAUGGUUCCCCGAGCACCACCAGGAGUAAUUCCUGAGUGCAGAGCCAGGAGUAACCUCUGUGCAUUGCCAGGUGUGACCCAAAAAGAAAAAAAAAUAUUUUUUCUUAAAUAUAGGACAAUGUAAACAGGUAUAAAAAGGUUGAAGAGCGCUGAUAUAAAUCAUACUGUGUGAAGGAACUCUUCAGGAACUCUUAAUUCCUUUAUGCAGUUAUUACAAUAUUCACUUUGUUCAAGUCAUUUGCUCUAACAUUCAUUUCAAAACUUAAAACCUGUUCCUGGUAGUAUCAUUUUUGUAUUUGGUAGAAAAAUGGCUUGGUGUCUGUAUAUUUCCUCAAAGUUAAAAGGAACGAGAAAGGGAUCCCAAGAAUAAGUUUAUUGAAGUCACUGAUGCUUAAUACCUCUGACUUUUCACUGAAAAGCCAUUCAAUACUUAUUUAUACAUAGAUGUUUUUGAAGUUAAAACUUGAAGUACAUAUAAGGAGUCUUUGUGAGUCUGAGUGAACAAAUUGUUCUAAGUACCAUUGGCUACAUAAGAACAUUUACAUUUAAGGGUAGUUUUUCUCUUGAUUAUAAGCACAAUUGACUAAGCAGCUGAAGUUGAUAACCCCUCAUGAAGGGACAUUUUUGUGAGCCAAAUACUGUUGGAUAUCUGUAAUGUAGCACUUGUCUGUUCCCAACAUCCAAACAUGUUGUUACUUGAUGUUGUCUGUGUUUGAUUUUUGAGAAUCAAGAUUUUUAUAUCUAUUAAUAACUUGAAAAGUAAAAUCUUCAUAAUCGAAGACUCAAAAUUGGUAAGAACAAAAAGCAGAUUAUAAGUACAGUGAAUUGGGGCUGUAGCAAUAGCACAGUGGGUAGGGCGUUUUUCUAGCACGCGGCCGACCCGGGUUUGAUUUUCAGCAUCCCAUAUGGUCCCCUGAGCACCGUCAGUAGUAAUUCCUGAGUGCAGAGCCAAGAGUAAUCCCUGAGCAUCUCCAGGUGUGACCCAAAAAGCAAAAAAAAAAAAGUACAGUGAAUUUAGGAUUUUUAGGGAUCUUAAGCAUCAAUAUAAAUGAAGCUCUAGCUAAAUCAUUUGAAUAACAACGGUGAAUUCAUGUAAGAGGCAAAUUGAGUCUUUUUGUUAAGCAAAACAGUUGGAAACUGCUCAAGUAUGGACCAUUAAACUUCUUUUUUUCUACUUUCUCUUUAUACAGUAACAAUCAUAAGUAAAUAAAUGAUUUGGUCUCAGUGACAUGGGAUGUUAAAAGAAUUGCUGCCACAUUCAUUGGUUCCUUCUAUUAAGUAUGAAGAAAUCAAAAUAUGUGAAUAUAAAAAUUUUUAGAGUGACCCUUUCAAUUUUUUGUUGUUAUUUGAGCAAAACAUGUUUGGAAACUGACAGUACUACACUGGAAGUAGUUCUUUCUUGAAAUUUCUUUAUCGUGGGGCUGGAGCAGUAGCACAUCGGUAGGGCAUUUGCCUUGCACGCGGCCGACCUGGGUUCGAUUCCUCUGCCCCUCUCGGAGACCCCGGCAAGCUACCCCAGCAUCCCAUAUGGUCCCCUGAGCACCGCCAGGAGUAAUUCCUGAGUGCAGAGCCAGGAGUAACCCCUGUGCAUCGCCAGGUGUGAUCCAAAAGCAAAAAAAAAAAAAAUUUUCUUUAUCGUUAUUAUAGAUUAUAAUAGCUAUAUUAUGCAAUAAGUGACAACACCUCUAAAUUGCAUCAUAAAUCUUGAGGUAAACCUCAGAUCAUUGGUGACUAAUGUAAAGUGAAACUUCACUUAAAUGUUUGAGCCGAAAGAUCAGUCAGUGAGCUAUAGCUCAUUUGUAGAAAGCUUAUUUAUUUUCAGAGAAACUGAGCUUCAGAGCCUCAAAUUCUUAAGUGGAGGGAGAUAUUGGGGUACCUUUUUAAAACUUGGAGAAAUUUUAGAAUGCUGAGAAAAAUAGAAAAAGUGUGCCUUUGAAUGGUACAUACGUUAAAUUCUGAAAGAAUAAGCUUCCUUUUACUAGAAAGGGUCACAUCUUUCAUGAGACAAGUAAGUGUAUAUUCCUUAAAAAAAAAUCUGCAUCAAUGAAAACCUCAUAGUUUGUCAUGUUAAAAUUUUUCUUUUUGGUUUGAGAAGUUUCUUUAGUUGUAGAUACUAGAAUUUUAAAGUAUAUAAAAUCACCAGGAUGGGCAGUUAAUAAUGUUACAUGGGUUUGUUUGGCUUUUAACAAAUGGUGCUUACAAGAAGUCUUAGAAUAUGUUUUUAAAAAACAACGAAAACUUUUUUUAGUUGGUCUUACAGAAAUGGUACUUGGAACCAAGGAAAUUGACAACGAUAAGUGUUUACAUUCAGAAAUACGGAUUCUUCUUCACAUUCAAUAUUUUCCAUUUACAUCACUAGAAACAAUAUAAUCCUGUCAGGAGCCAGAGUAAUAGUACAGCAUGUAGGGCACUUACCUUCCACACAGCUGACCUGGGUUUGAUCCCUGUCACCACAUAUGGUCCCUAGCCCUGCCAUGAAUGGUCUCUGAACACAGAGCCAGGACUAAGCCCUGAGCACCACUGGGUGUAGCACAUAAAAUACUAUUGUAACUCUACGAAAGAAAUAUGGCACUGAAGGCUUUUUGUAGAUGUGAAUCUUAAAAUUUUGAAUGUUCAUGCCUUUAGUCACAUCCAUGGAACGUCAAGUUUCUUUUCUAAAGAUUAAAAGCAUUUUCCAAUGUUUUCUAAUUUGCUUCAUUUAAAUCUUAGUGAGAAUACCAAUUUAGGAUUUUUAUGGUCAUCACCGGGUUAAAUGUGUAAAUCCAGUGGUGCUGUGGCUGUAUGCAUUUUAAAUGUGGAGUUUUCAUAGUUUCUCAUAGCUUCAAGUCUAAGGUUCAACAAUUCUUGAUGAUGGACUGGCUGCAGUAUAAUUGCAAUCAAUCCCCAUUCAAGCUAAGCUGGUUUUGCAUCUCAGAAGGACCCCAGAAGCAUUGCUACUGGGCGCUGGCUUUGUCACUCAAACAUUCAGGGAGUACAAUAAUUUCCCCCUGAAGAAAGUACUGGGAGGGUUUAGACAUUCUGAAGAAAGCUGUGUUAGCGUCUUUUUCUUCUCUGCUUGUAUACCAAGUGGUGGGUGUUUCCGGCCUGAGUUGAGGAUUUGGAAGUGGCCUCCUGUCAGGUUGGAUUGCAGGCGGAGGGGAUCAUGCUGGGUCCUCACAUACAGGAGCCUUGUUCUGAAAGCUAACAUUAUUAAAGGAUGCCUCCUUGAAACUGCUCUGGCUUUGCUGCUGCUGUCCCCUUACUUUUGUGUGUGGAAUUGGAGACUGGUCUCUGAACUGGGUCUGGCAGGUUCCUGCCAGGGCCCAGACCCAAGGCCCUUCCGUCUCUUCCUGCUCGUCAUUCCAUAUAUACCCUAUAACAGCUGCUCCCUCCCUCCUUCUCUUUCCCCAGUCCUCUCCCCUUCUACCAUUCCCCCCCCCACACACACUUUCAUGUAAAAAGACCUGAGUUUUUCUAUCCAGUCUGGAGUGCAGCUUUUAAUUGUUUUUAAAGCUUAACUCUGGGGCUGGAGCGAUAGCACAGCGGGUAGGGCAUUUGCCUUGCACACGGCCAACCCUGGUUUGAUUCCCAGCAUCCCAUAUGGUCUCCUGAGCACAGCCAGGGGUAAUUCCUGAGUGCAGAGCCAGGAAUGACCCCUGAGCAUCGCUGGGUGUGACCAAAAAAAAAAAAAAAAAAAAAGCUUAACCCUUGGAAAAUGUCCAUCCUAAGUGAGAACAGUAAGAAAAAGUGCAAGUGAUGACUUUGCCAUCAGUGGCAUGUGGAUACUGGAUCUCAGCUGUCUGCUUGGCAGCUUCAGUUUCCCUGCUGGCUUUGUUCUUUCAACGCUUUUCUUGCCCUUCAGGAGCCCCGGAGACUCGUGACUGUGCUGUGAUGAGCAGUUCCUGGCCGUUCCACUCCCCUUUCUGGCCCAGAGGCUAUUUUGAGGUACAGACCCACUCUUCCACCCCGCCCGGGUGCAGGCUGGACUUCUCAUGUGCCCUGAACCUUCUGCUUUGGGUUGUUCCACCUUGGCCCCCCCCUUCCCAAGGAUCAAGGAAGGUUCCCCUCCCCACAUCCCCUCCAGCAUGCAUAGAAGGAUACAAAUGGUUGUUCCUUUCUAGUUCCCUUUUUUUUUU